AUGGCGUUGCGGUUGCCAGCCCAGACCACUUCAGGGGCUCUGUUUCGUGCGAGCCUACUAAGUGAUGUCCACAUCCUUGGUCUUCAUGAAUUAACGCACAACCUUAGUUCCAGCAUCCCGAUACUUCUCACUGGGGCUCCAAGAAAGCAGCUCCGCCUGUCCACGGUCAUCGAGAUGCUCGAGCGUGCUCCACACGCCAGGCAAGACGAUCAAACGCCUGUGCUUGGACAAUGGCGCGAGAUCAAGUAUGAAAAGACGUUGCCGUUCACGCAUCAGCAGAGUGGACUGGCUGAGCGCAUGAACCAGAGCCUCAAUCAAAAGAAGCAAUUAAGUACCAUCUUUCAUGAGAGUAUCGAUAAUAAGUGGCUAGCGAAAACGGUCAACACGGCGGCCUGGAUCACCAAUCGGGUCCCUCCGCUGUGA